AUGCCGUCGUUCUCUCCCGCCCAGGAGGCCCUUUUCCUGAUACACGAGAGGAUUCUGGAGAGCGAGUCUGAGUUCGUUGGCGGAGGCGGCGGCGGUGUUAAUAACAGAGUGGCGAUGAGAUUGGUGGGUUCCAGAAUGCAUGUUGGGUGUUUGUUGGGGAAAGUUUUGUAUCUCUGGCAGGUAGUUGGUGAUGCAGAUGCUGUCAAAAAUGCUAUUGCAGCAAUUUCGUCUCGCUUGAGAGAGAGUCAACACCGGGACCGCAGUAAUUUUCAUGGGAGAGCACAUUCACCUGAACGGGUUUUCCCAGAUGAAGAUUAUGUUCCUCACAUGAAUAAUGCCCCAUGCCGAUCAUCUGACGAUGGACACUCUUUUGGAUCACGGAGUUCUGGCAACAAUUAUAGGGGCGACAAUUAUUCUGCACGGAUGCCCGAAUUUGGUAUCGACUCUAGCUCUCUACCUGAUGGCACGCAGUCAAGUGACGGGGAUGAACUCGUCUUUCGAAUGCUCUGCCCUACUGAUAAGAUCAAUAUAGUAGUUGGAGAGGCAGAUGGGAUAUUGAAACUUCUCCAAAAUGAAAUUGGUGUAGAAAUUAAGAUUUCUGACCCUUCAUCCGGGUCAGGCGAACAUAAAAUCACUAUUUUGUCAGAAGAGGGACCUGACGAUGACAUGUUCCCUGCUCAAGAAGCAUUAUUGCAUAUUCAGACUCGCAUCGUUGACCUUGUCCUAGAUCAAGACUCCGUUACAAAAACCUGGCUACUUGUACCAAAUAGUGAAGUUGGUUGUCUGGUGGGAAGAGAAUUGUUGUCAGAGAUGGAAAGACUCACUGGUGCAAAAGUUCAGAUCAUGACAAAGUUAAAAGUUCCUGCCUUUAUAUCAGGGACAGAUGAGCUUGUUCAGGAUUCUGGCGGAUCAGUUCUUGAGACGGCAAGACCAAAUGAAAGUGAACAACGUGAAGAUGUGCCAGCUACCAUGAAAAGAAUUCCUAUGACACUUGUGACCAGGAGCAUACUCGAAGUUGUUAUACCUGACCAUGCAGUUCCCAAGCUGGUGACCAAGUCAAAAAAUAAACUUGCUCAGAUAAGUGAGGUUUCAGGUGCUCCUCCUCUCUUAGAAGCUCCAGAUCCUGCUCCUCCCUUGGAAACCCCUCCUCCAUUUGAAGCUCCAGAUGCUGCUCGUCCUUUUGAAACUCUAGAUUUUACUCCUCCCUCUGAUACUGCUCAGUGGUUGCUCGUGGAGUGUAGCGGGACGGCCUCCGCAACCACCACCAGACGUGCC